AUGGGGGGCUGCGUGUCGAUCGAGGAGGACCCCAGAGGCCGAGUGGGGCCAGCACCUAGCCGCUCAUCAUCCCGCGCAACCCAUUCAAACCGCGUUGCUCCGCAAAGCCCCUCGACGGCAAGCAAGCGCUCGGCGCGCAAGUCCUCCCCGAUGCGAUCCCCUUCCUCCGCUUCCGCUUCCGCGUAUCGUUCCGGCGGACUCCUACCCAAAUCCAACGAGAGCAACGUCAGUGCCGCCAGUGGCGGGAGCGGAAGCGGCCGCCGAUCCUGCCCGCAAACACCGCGUGGGGGUUCCGCCGGCGGCUUCCGGACUCCCCCUGGCAGCGGCGGGCUAGGUUCCGGCCGACGCGGCGGCGCGCUUGCGGAUCGAACGGCUCUGGCGAACGGCGGGGUUGCUAUGUCAUCGCUGCGCGAAUUCUCGUACCAGGAGCUAUGGAUAGCGACGCGGAAAUUCGAAAAGGAAGGGAAGCUGGGGGAAGGCGGAUUCGGGAGCGUUUUCCGAGGAGCGAUCGAAGAGGAUGUUUGCGCUUCAGGCGCGGGGAUGGGCGCGGGGGGCGGAGAGGGCGGAAAGCGAAAGGUGCAGGUUGCGGUAAAGGUGCUGAAUCAAGGGGGGCAGCAGGGGGAGACGGAAUGGAAGACAGAGGUUCGGUACCUAAGCGAGCUUCGGCACCCGAACCUGGUGCGGCUAGUCGGGUACUGCUCGGACGGGCAUCACCGGCUGUUGGCUUACGAGUAUCUUCCAUACGGCAGCCUCGAGCGAUUCCUCUUCACUCGCGCCAUCCAGCCCCUGCCAUGGGCGGUGCGCAUGAAGGUGGCUCUGCACGCGGCGCAGGGCCUGGCUUAUCUGCACGAGGAGGCGGACCGGCAGAUCAUCUACCGCGACUUUAAGGCGUCCAACAUUCUGCUGGACGAGGACUUCAAUGCGAAGCUCUCUGAUUUCGGGCUGGCAAAGGACGGCCCCGAGGGCAACCAGACGCACGUGUCAACGCGGGUCAUGGGCACAUACGGCUACGCCGCCCCCGAGUACAUGAUGACCGGCCACCUCACCGCCAAGUCAGACGUCUACAGCUUCGGAGUCGUGCUGCUGGAAAUGAUUAGCGGGCGGCGGGCCAUGGAGCCGGAGUUCCCGAGGCGGCAGCAAAAUAUCGUAGAGUGGGCGCGGCCGUUUUUGGUCGAUCCGUCAAAGAUGCUGCUAUUGGUGGAUCCUAGGGUGGGCGGCGAGUAUUCGGUGAAGGGUGCGCAGCGGGCGGCGGUUUUGGCGCGCAAGUGCUUGAACAAGGACCCGCACGCGCGGCCACUAAUGUCGGAAGCGGUUCGGGUGCUUUCUUCGCUACAGAAUUUGACGGAUUUUGCGAGUAAGCUGGAUCAGGCUCAGCGGCUACACGGUGCUUAG